AUGAUCUAUAAGUGUCCAGAAGCUCUCGCAGCUCUAACAGCAGUGAUACAAACACAGCAGACUGUGUUGGCAGCAGUGGGAGAAGAUGCUGAAUUCAGCUGUCAGCUCUUGGAGACGAAGGACAUCCUUCAGGUCACAUGGCAGAAAAUCUCUCCUGAUGUGGAGCAGAAUGUUGCCACUUACAGCGAUUACUUUGGUCAGAGAGUGAAUGACGGCUUUACAGAUAAAUUUAAGUUUAAAUAUACUGGACUACAGAACUGCUCCAUAGUCAUCAGAAAUGUAACGAAGCAGGAUGAAGGCUGCUAUCACUGUCUGUUUAACACUUAUCCUGAAGGCUCCCUGACAGGGAAACCCUGUCUCCAAGUCUAUGAGCUGCAUAAACCUGUUGUUGAUGUCAGAGAGUCAAACUCUACUGAAGAGUGGGUUGUUUCCUGUUCAGCCACUGGUCGACCUGCUCCCACUGUAACACUCAGUGUCUCACAACAAGGCCUCAACUUCUCACAGUACAACACUGUCAGUGUGUCCAACACCAACGCUACAUUCUCUGUCACCACUACAGCUGUGCUCUCAGGUUCACGUAACCACAGCACACAGGUGGGAUGUGCAGCACGAGUGCUCUCUGCUCCUCGCAGAGAGGUUAUGGUGACGAUUCCUGAGGUCCAACAGACACCUGAUGAUGAUGGUGAGAAACUCUAA